AUGAACUUUGGCCGCGGCCCCCCGGUGGUGUUGAACGUCGGGGGCACCCGGUACUCCUUCUCCCGGGAGGUGCUGAAGGAUUUCCCGCUGCGGCGGGUGAGCCGCCUGCACGGCUGCCUCUCGGAGCAGGACGUGCUGGAGGUGUGCGACGACUACGACCGGGAGCGGAACGAGUACUUCUUCGACCGGCACUCCGAGGCCUUCGGCUUCAUCAUGCUCUACGUGCGGCACGGCCACCUGCGCUUCGUGCCCCACAUGUGCGAGCUCUCCUUCUACAACGAGAUGAUCUACUGGGGGCUGGAGGGCUCCCACCUCGACUACUGCUGCCAGCGCCGCCUCGACGACCGCAUGUCCGAGACGUGCACCUACUACACGGCGGAGGAGCCGCCGGGGGAGGCGGGCGGCGGCCCCGAGGGCAAGGGCCGGCGGGCGGCGGCGAACGAGGGCGGGAAGUGGCUGGAGAGGAUGAGGAGGACUUUCGAGGAGCCCACGUCUUCCGUGGCCGCCCAGGUCCUGGCCACCGUCUCCAUCCUCUUCGUCAUCGUGUCCAUGGUGGUGCUGUGCGCCAGCACUCUGCCCGAGUGGCGGGCGCCGGAGAACCGCAGCGUGGAGGAGCAGAGCAGGUACACAGCAGAGUCAGUGAGGGAGCCCUCAGGGAUAAUUGAAGCUAUCUGCAUAGGCUGGUUCACUGCAGAGUGCAUUGUGAGGUUCAUCGUCUCCAAAAACAAGUGUGAGUUUGUCAGAAGACCUCUCAACAUCAUUGAUUUACUGGCAAUUACUCCUUACUACAUCUCUGUUCUAAUGACAGUUUUCACAGGGGAAAAUUCACAGCUUCAGAGGGCUGGAGUCACCUUGAGGGUCUUAAGAAUGAUGAGGAUUUUUUGGGUGAUUAAACUGGCUCGUCAUUUCAUUGGCCUUCAAACACUUGGUCUGACUCUGAAGCGUUGUUACCGAGAGAUGGUGAUGCUACUUGUCUUUAUCUGUGUUGCUAUGGCAAUUUUCAGUGCACUUUCCCAGCUUCUUGAAAACGGGCUGGACUUGGGAACAAAGAAUAAGGAUUAUGCCAGCAUUCCUGCUGCUUGUUGGUGGGUGAUCAUCUCGAUGACCACGGUUGGUUACGGUGACAUGUGUCCCAUCACUGUACCAGGAAGGAUUCUUGGAGGAAUUUGUGUGGUUAGUGGCAUCGUUUUACUAGCCUUGCCGAUCACUUUCAUUUAUCACAGCUUUGUGCAAUGCUACCAUGAGCUCAAGUUCCGAUCCGCUAGGUACAGUAGAAGCCUCUCUGCUGAAUUCUUAAAUUGACCAAACUUGCAUUCUGUUGUAGUUACUUGCUAAGCUUUGUCUUAGAAGAGAAUGGUGGAAGGUCCGUUCGCGUGUCCUCCUUGACUGGAUGGUCAUAUGGAACAACAUUCUCGCCAGCCUGGAGAAAGCCCGUCACCAUUCAGACAGGAAGGAUGGCCAUCUGCCUUGGGCACCUUACAGGGAGUUUCAAAUUUGAGAGAACAAAAUUAACAAAAGAGGAUUCAGAAGUCCUCAACCAGACUAGUUUGCUCUUCAGUUUGCCUUUCCACACAAAAGCAGAACAAAACAUGGGCUUAACACUGAGAUCUGUCAUUCCCAUGAUUACAUCCUAUACCAUUCUAAGCAACGUGUAGCAGAAGUUUUUCAAAGAUUUCAAUAUCUAAAUGCUCCAUAGAGUCAUUGACAACUUCUUGCCUGAAGUAUCUCCACUUUUAACUCAGAUAAGCAAACUAGAUACUGAAGGAGAAUUGCUGCUACUUUUGAGGUUUGCAACAGAGUAGAGCUGUUCUGUAACUCAGGAAAGAUGAAGAACAUAGGUCUGUAGGGCAGAAAAUCUCGAGGCCCAAUUCUGAUCUUUGAUGAAGCACAAUCUUUUGUAAAACCAGUGAAGUCGAUGGCAUUGCUCUGAAUUUCAUAAUUCAAAGAAGUGCAAGAAGUGCACCUUUGAAUGUUGUAGCAAGAACUUCCUUAGCCACAAUUAAUUUAUCUGGAACCAAAUCGUUAGUAGAAGCAAGUGUUGUACUUUAUGAAGAUCAGUAUAAAAAAUUGGGCAUUGAUAAAUAUAUUUUCUGGUACUUGGUGAGGGAGCUAUCCAAAUUUUAUGUACAUUCAGUUCCACUCCAUCCACCUGAAGUUACAUACUUGUAAGCAUAGAUGUUUUUUCCCCCCCUUUUAAUUAAACAUAUACAUCAUAGUGAAAGUUCUCCAAGACAAAUUAUAAGAUUCCACCACUUGAAACAGUCUGGAGAAAGCACUGGAAAACAAGAGUAGCUGCUUUCUGUCAGAUGAGACUUUUCGUCAUCUUUAAAUUCUGCAAUCCUUACUGAAGGAUACGCUUUACUAUAAUGGAAGUUUUAAAAAUAAUUGUAGAAAGCCCAGAGCAUACCAAAGAAAGUAAAAUAUAGACGUGUGAGUUGCACUCGGCAAAAUGGUAUAUUCUCCAAUGUAACUAGAAAAUGAAAAUGAAUCAGGUUAGGUUCUGAAUAUAUUAUUCACUACAUUUCUUGUGUAGUACCGCUUAAUAGAAUCGUUCAGUAUAAUUCUGAAAGGCUGCUAUAUAGAAAUGUGCAGUUAGAUACUAAAACACAUUACGGUACAGCUCUACAAAUUUGGCUACCAAUAAACAUCAACAGGGAGCUUUGUUAUUAACAUGGAAGUUCAGAGUCAUCAGCAUAGUUGAAUUUGGUGUGCUUGCCUGAAAAUACUGCAUUUACUAUUACUGUGCUGUAGAAGCAUCUUUUAUAUACAUAUUUGUUAAAAGCUUUAGAAGUAAAACGACUACCACCUAGAAAACACAUCUCUGGAAUUGCUCACUCAAAGAAAAGUACCAUGUUGGUCAGUAACCAGUACAUUGAAGGCUUCACUCCGAGACCUGAAAAAUUCAUUAUCAUUUUUAGUGGUCUUAGUGUUUAGUAGUCUUAAAGAAUUACAUUGCAAACAAAAGUUUUCUGGAGACCUGAAAAGAAUUUUAGUAGCUUUGUUACAGACAAGCUUGACUUUUCCUUCAGUAGUUUUUCAAGACUAAAUUAUUAAAUAACGUUACAGCCAUACCUCUGUUUCUUGCCACUGACGCGUUCUGGUGUUCAGGUUAGCUCUGUAGUUCCUGUACUACUAUAUUUAUGCCUUUUAUAUCAGAAUCAUGUCGUUCAGAAACCGGCUCCAGCAUUCCACAGAGAGGUGAAUAUGAGAUAAGCAAAAAUUUCUUUCUUGGGUGAGAUUCACAGCUGAUGUUAGUUAGGCAAGUUGUGACUUCAGAGACACAUAGAUGUUUUACACCAGCGGAGGUGCUGGCUCCAUAUUCCUGCAUGUGUACCUAUAUAUAUCCUGCAUAUAUUAUAUAUUAUAGUCAGUCAAAAUGUUUUGGUUUUUUUUUUUUUCUUUUCUCCUUACAAAAAAUUUCCUCCUUGACAAAAAUCGAAAUUUCAGACUUUAAGCCAAACACAGCUGUUGAAGAAAAUGACAUUUUCAUCUUCUAAUGAAAAGUUUAUUUUGACAGUAUCAAAAUCAUUUUCAAGGAGAAAAUCGCUAUCUUUUGGUAUUCUGCUCCAUUUUUUUUCACCAUUAAAAAUAGGUAAAAAAAAAAAAACCACAUAAGAACUUAGCCCUACAGAUUUUCAUAUGCUGUUUUUAAUGCUUGGGAAAAAUAGUGUUUUUCAUAAAACGCCUUAAAACUUACUUUGUCUUUUGUCCGUGUAUUGUAUUUAACCAAACCAAUACUCUGAGAUACAACCCUCCUCCCACAAAACGCCCAAACCAUCAUCAUGAUGACAAUAGUUUGAAAUCCAUACAGAACGUGAAUGUACUUUAAAGUAUGUUCCAAUCUUAAUUUCAAGACUAAAAUGCACUUCAGCACUACCCAUAAAUCUAAUCUUUAGAUGCCCGUACAAAGGAAAAAAUAUAAAUUACUACACAUAAUAACUUGUGAAUACCAAUUUGCAACAUGAAUCAUUUUGUAUAAGCAAUUAAGGACAGGAAGUUUCCAAAGAUCCAGGCUAUAUGUGGUACACAAACAAAAUGUUUUUAUACAACUUUAUAAAGGGAUUUCCAGCUAUAGAAUCCUUUCCCAGUGUAAAAAUAUUACCUAAUGAAAAUAAUCUUGUAAAGGAAUAAGUCUGUGGAGAUUAUUUUAAGUCUUUUUUUUUUUUUUUAAACAGCUUAUGUUCACUUUUUAUAUGCUAAAAUGUGAACAGAAUGACCUAAUGUAUUUUUUGAGUUACAAUAAAAUAUUAUUUCGAAACUGCUCUCUAUAUAAGCCCACUAAGGAGAGAUACUGGGGUGGUUUUAUUUUUUGGCUUUUUUAUUGUUGUAUGGUUAUCAGUGUGUAGAAUUUAGUUUCCUUAGAAACCAAGUGGAAGUAAUGUGAUCUCAACAGUAGCCUUAAAACAGAAUUUUAUAGAGAGUACAUAGGGUUCCUGACUUCUAGUAAUACGUCAUCUUAUUUUCAACAGGACAGUGGUUUUUUAGUGAAAAUUAAAAAAACCUGAAUUAUGUGUGUAAUCAAAAAUGAGCAUAAUUUUAAACAGAUGAAACUGUUUUACUAAAAGUUUACUUGAGACCAUGUGUUAAGCAGGCAUGGGGUACAGCGCUCUGUUUCGUAACUGAGCAUUUUGGAGCCAAGUGAAGACAAACUGGCUCAAUUCUAGUCAUUGCCAGUUUGAACCCUGUACAGUAAAAUACUUCAUGGGCAGUACCUUUUCAGUAUCUUGAAACAUUCACAGUUGGAACAAAUUUGAUGAAACACAAAUAUAGUGAAAAGGGGGAUAAAUGAAGACAGCUCAUAUAAUUGUGAUCCAGCCUUUCUCUUCAUCUUAAACUAAAGCCAGUGCCAGUGAGUUUUGAACUGCUGUUGUACGUUUUGAUGACAACAAAGGUUAAUCACACAUUAUAUACCAGGCUCAAUUCUUAGGGCUGACCUGUUGGGAACUAUAUAUUGGCUGCAAUCCUUCAGGGUACUGCAUGCCACUUAAAAACAUUUCAUCAUUAAUAAAAUCACUAGAAUGGAGAGCUGUCUGCUUUUCCUGCUACAGUUCUACAUGAAGCACCAUCCCAAAAAUCACAAAGGCUGGAGGGUUAAAAUUUCCCUUGAUGCAAGACUUGGAAAUGAUAUUGUCUCGAUGAAUACCCACCAAAUAAAAAACAAAGAUUAAUUUGAUUGAUGAUUUUAAACAGUUUUAUCAGCACAGGGAUGAGCCAUUUACGUAAGUGAUAUUCAUUCUUAACUCUACAAUGGCUUAUCUUGGUGUACGUAGCAGCAAGUUUGAGGAAGAUGAAAAUCCUGUUUACGCAAGCUCCAUAUCUUGAUACCCAUGUAUUCAAAGGAAAAGGUACUGGGUUUCCAUAUCGUGUAUGCAAUUUGUGCCUGUAAAAAAAUCGGUCUUCAGCUUUUGGAGUGUUCAACCCUCAUGUUUCCAAAAUAAAACUGAAGUCCUUAUGGGUUCAAAACACUUGUCUUUUCCCCUCCGGGUAACAACUACAAAAAUCUUACCAGAUCUGAACGUCUGCCAGGAAGUGGUCGUAUGCACACACCAGCCAGCUAAAUUCAGCAGCCAAACCAGCCAGUUUCCUGGGAACCGGCACAGCGUACAAAGUCUGCUGUGCUCUGAAUUUUCUCCAACCUAAGAGCUUCAGGAUAAAACUCCUGAUUAAAGUUUGAUCAUUUGAAGUACCUUGAAAAUUUCAGAAUUAACCUUUCAAAUGAGCUUCUAAGGAGACAUUUGCUGGGAAAUUAAAAAUAAGCUAUGCAUAGCAAAAAAAGAUUAUAUUGCUUUAUAUAAAAAAAAAAAUCACUAUGAUCUUAAAAACGGAAAUUGAUUCUCAUUUUCUGUUAUUUGUUUGUAAAAGCAAACAUGCAGGUCAGUAUACUUGAUGCUAGUUAAACUUCCUACAUAAAACAGAUCCCUGUUUAAUAUAAGUAGACUUAGUAGGAAAGGUCUUCCAGCUUUGCUAGAGCUGUAACAGUUUACACGAGCUGAAGAGCUGCCCCAGCCCAUAUGGAAUAAAGAACAAAACGCCGGUUUCAUAGUGCAAAACUAACAUGAUGUAUGGCCACACAAAGUAGGGAGUAUCUUUUGCAGAUGACAGAUCAAGAAUGCUGCACAGUGAGCCACCAAGACUGACAAUCCGCUUGACAAGGAAUUUUAAGAGCCACAGAAGAAGGAUAUUAAUUCUUGGUCAAAUGAAUAAAAUGUGAAUGUUUGCAACUACACAUUGUAGACUCCUUUAUUCUUUACAAACGCAAAGAGUUAUAAUUUUAUAGAAUGUUAUUUUAUAUAUUGUUUGCUUAUCUGUAAAGAAAAAUGUAUAAUAUAAUUUGAAAAGGUAAUAAAUGUGGUUUUUUGAUGUGAGUACACAAUUAGAUGCAUAAAAUCAUGUAAUAAAAUUUGCUGGUCUUGUUGCUAUAUUUCAUGGACUAGUGGUCAAAACACAAAUGUUUAUAAAAUGUGUUCUUUUUAACAAAUGAAUUCUGUGGCUAUUCACAUUGGUAUUGUACCCAGGCAAAAACUUUUUUCCUUUAACAAUUUUUGGCUACCAAGCAGUCUGUCAUUUAGAACCUAGGAGUUAUACUCAAUAGAAAAUUUGAAUAUUUGGUCUAGAAGUUAGUCUGAGACAAAAAAUAAAGUUAAACCUACACAGAGUUAUUCUUCAGCAACUGAGUAUCUAUUAUAAUUAUGGACAACAGAACUGUCAAAACAAAAUGAAAAAGCAGCCAUGUAACACAUGUAACACAUACAUUAUUCCUCAGGGAUUAUUUAUAGGAACAAAUCUGGCAAAAUGGACUGAAUUUGGCUUCAAGUUCACUGAAAUUUAUUUAUAUUUUAAAAAAUCCACCCAAAUCACCAACAUGGUGAUCAUUCUGGAAUUUCAAAACAACCAUAAGUUUCACCAGUGCAAUGCUUGCAUUAUUGUGAAGGGAUCUGAGACACUGUGGUGAUUCUUUAAAUGUAGCCUUUGAAAAGUACUUCCAAAAAUAAUCACAACUAAUGUUCUUUUAAAUAAAGUUUGAAUAUUUUAA